AAAGUCCGCUCGUCAAAAUUAUUUUUCGAAGAAAAACAAAACUCAAGUAUAUAACAAGGGUUUCUCCAAAAAAAAAACAAAAUUUACUUAUGCCUUUAUUAACGUGCUCCUUUGGGUUUAACCAAACAUUUACUCAAUUGAUUAAGAAAAUAAAUUGCAAUUAGCAUGUUUUAGUGUACCCUUGGAGCUAAUUACUUCUCCAACCGUGUCUUCAUCGUUCCUCAUCGAAAUCUCCGACCUUUGUCUUUCUGAAACCAAACAAGAUCGCACCGAAAACAAUGGGUUUAGGUUUCACUAUUGGAUUCAUCGGUGUUCUUAUUCUAUUUCACGCUGCUUAUUCAACCAUCCAAUAUAGGACUUUGUUGAAGAUUACAGAAGAAGAGUUUUCUGGGUCUCCUUUGAUUGUUGUGAUUGAACUUACUUUAGGUUUAUUGCUUUGUACUUGGGCUGCUUUGAAUGUGCCUGGGAAGUUUUUGUGUAUCCUCCCAGAUUCUGAUGAGAACAGGAUUGUUUCUUUACCUGGCAACUUGGACUUCAUGAUCUUCAACCAUCGAGGCAAAAUCUUUCCGGUUGAAAUGAAUGAGAGGCUGAGACAUUGAGGACUUUUCUAUAGUUGAAUUAAGCACCUUCUUUAUAUGAGGGAGAAAGUUAUUUUGUGUAACAUUGGAUAAGUUUUUUUUAGCAUUUGAUUUCUCUUUUGUAGCUUCAUACUUUACAUUUUUGUAUUGGGCACCUGUCUGUAAUUUCAACAGGAUGUUACUACUAGAGCCAUUUAUUUAUGAUGAGGUAGCCACAAGCUGACCAUACUUAUGUGAAUGAUUUGCUUACAACUUGA